CAAGUAAUUCAUAACACACUAACUAUUAAACUUUGAAAGAAUGGUGGGCAAGAAAUCAGGGAAGGCGCUUCUGCGCGAGGAAGGUCUCCAAAGAACUGACAAUGGCAUGAAGCAAUCGAGCUGGCCUGAAAUCCAGAUGAUCAAUCAAAAAAACUAUUAUACCGAUUACAUGAAGCGCGAUGACCAACACCUUGCGCUCCGCCUUCAGAACGAAGCCAAUCGAGACCGCAUGAUACGGAAUGCAAAGGACAAGGACAGAGCGCUGGCACGUACAGGCGAUACCGAUGUCCCAAUUCCCAUGGGCGUGGACGGCGAGGAAGAUGACGAGAAUGCAAUCAACGAUGGUCUUGAUCCCUCGAAGAUCAUUGUCAUUCAUGCCGGUAGCCAGAAUCUCAGGAUUGGGCUUGCGGGUGAUGCUCUUCCUAAGACCAUCCCUAUGACAAUCGCUGCGAAAUUUCCAACGAACGAAUCCGAAACCUGUGAACCGAGACCCAAGCGUCAGAAGCUAGAUGCUCACCCGGAGCAGCAAUUCGGGGAGGAUUUUACGAAGAAGUUCACAAAGAUGUCAAAUGAUCUGAAGAUUGAUAUGCGUGCGAACAAGCGCAAGGUUCUGCCUAAUUCGAAAGAGUUGGUUAUCAAUUACAAUCGACGUAUCGACCCCGAGAAAAUCCCAGAGCAUAAUGAUCCUAUGCGAAUCGAGUGGACAGAUGUCGCGAAAGAUGAUCCCAAGGAUCAUGGGACAUUCUUUACUGGUACGGAAGCUUUACGAAUCCCAGACGAAUCAGAACCCAAGUACAAGGUCUUCUGGCCUAUCCAACACGGGUGGGUCAACGAGAGUGAUUAUAUGAGCAAAUCACAUCUGUGGGAUGAUCUAGAGUCCAUUUUGGAGUCUGCUAUACGGAAAGAUCUGGGAUUGAAUCAUAGAAGCGAGUGGCCCCAGUAUAGCUGCGUCUUCGUUAUCCCGGAUCUGUACGACAAGAAAUAUGUCGAGACAGUACUAGAUUUCUGCAUGAAGGAAUUUGAAUUCAAGCAGGUUGCUUUCAUUCAAGAGAGUCUUGCGGCGACUUAUGGUGCGGGGUACUCCACUGCAUGCAUUGUCGAUAUCGGUGCACAGAAAACCUCAAUCUGCUGUGUCGAAGAUGGCAUGUGCAUCGAGGACUCGAGAAUUAACUUGAAGUAUGGUGGCUACGAUGUUACGGAGACGUUCAUGAAGAUGAUGCUUUUCGAUCACUUCCCUUACCAAGAAAUCAACAUGAAACGGCGUUAUGAUUUCCUUCUUUCUGAAGAACUCAAGACCAACUUCUGUACGAUGAGCCAGGCAGAUAUAUCUGUUCAACUCUACGACUUCCAUCUCCGUGCUCCAAACCAACCUACUCGCAAGUACCAGUUCAAGACUUACGACGAAGUCAUCUUGGCUCCAAUGGGCUUCUUUGAUCCCUCAAUUUUCGACAAUAGCGAAAAGCUUAAGGGACGCCACGAAUUCAUUGACCGUUCCUAUAACGCGUAUGAUCCAGAUAUGCCAGAUGACCCUACUUCAGCAGCUCAAUUGGCGAUUUUAACUAGUAUCAAGCCGUCACUCGCCACUCCUGCCAUAGGAUUCUCUUUCAAUGGCAAUGGUAAUCUCGAUGCCGCUACGCCAUCCAAGGAAAAACCAAAUCCUCUCGGUUUCUUCCGCAACGAUGAUACUAACGGCAAUUCACGUGUCACUUCCGCAGCAGCAUCUCCAGCUCCAGAAGGUGCAAAUACUCCCGUCCCAUCCGGUCCAUUCGUCGUUGGCGCCAAUGGUACAAAUGGCGGAUCUCCUGGCCCAAGCGGCUCAAUAUUCCAAUUCGGCAAGGGUUCUCAUAACAGCGGCACACCUGUCCCUCCUCCUGGCAUGUUCGUCGACCCACAGGCUCGGACACAAAAAGACUUCGCUGCUGAGCGAGACCUUGUUCUCCCUAUCUCCCCUCUAGAUGUAGCCAUCAACACUAGCAUUACCCACGCAGUGAAAGGCGACGAGAAGAAAACCAAAGAUUUCUUCGGCGGCAUCAUGCUUAUUGGCGGUGGAGCGAAGACCCCUGGUCUAGGGCCCUUCCUCGAAGAGAAAUUGAAGAAACUCCGUCCUGAUCUUGCGGCCAAGCAGGAGAAUCUCCAAGUCGGCACCAGUCCCAGAGAGAUGGAUGGUCAAGUCGUGGUAUGGAAAGGUGCCAGCGUGUUUGCUCGGAUGAAGACUCACGAGAGCUGGGUUGGUCCAGUCGAGUACGAGAGAUUGGGAAGCAGGGUCUUGCCUACGAAGGUUCUGUGGAACUAUUGAGUGAUAGUAGGCUAGGCGUUGGGGAGUAAAGGGCAUUUCUUGGGGUUCUGAUAGCGAUAUUUGCCGGGGACAUAGGGAUGAUGUGUAGGAUCAGAUAGAUAGAGAGUAGUGAACUAAAAGUAUCUUGAUGCGUGGGGCGUUGAUUAGCGACAUAGGACUUAGUAGAUGGCAUUAAUGCGAUGCUUUUCUAGAUUUUGAAUGUCUG